CAAGUCACCUUUAUUUAUAUAGCGCUUUAAACAAAAUACAUUGCGUCAAAGGAACUGAACAACAUUCAUUAGGAAAACAGUGUAUCAAUAAUGCAAAAUGUCAGUUUAAUGCAAUUCAUUAUUGAAUUCAGUGAUGUCAUCUUUAAGUGUUUAAGUAGUGUCUGUGCAUUUAUUUGCCAUCAAGUCAGUGAUAUCGCUGUAGAUGAAGUGACCCCAACUAAGCAAGCCAGAGGCAACGACGGCAAGGAACCAAAACUCCAUCGGUGACAGAAUGGAGAGAAAAACCUUGUGAGAAACCUGGCUCAGUUGGGGGGCCAGUUCUCCUCUGACCAGACGAAACCAGCAGUUCAAUUCCAAUUGCAAUUCAAUUCCAGCAAAGUCAGAUUGUGCAGAAGAAUCAUCUGUUUCCUGUGGUCUUGUCCUGGUGGUCAUCUGAGACCAGGACUUUACAGAGGAUCUGUAUCAGGGGCUAUAGUUGACUGCUGUAUUUCAGGGAUGUAGAGGUCCUUUCUAGGUGCCGAUGCACCAUCUAGAUACUUCUGUUUCUUUGGAGGAUAUCAACUCAGAUGGGCAGAGACAAAGAGCACAUAGGAGUGGCACCUCUGUAUUCAGACCCCAACUAUGAUCCGAACAUUUCCUGCCAAUGGAGCACUCUUUUUAGCAUAUGAAGUCAGCCGCAAGAAAUGAUGCAACUUUUUUUAACAAUGAUUCCAGUCUGCAAGAUUCUCUGAAAGACUUUUUUUUUUUUUUUUAAUUACCUAUCAUCCAUAUCUGCUGGUCACAUGUUAGCAAACAUGGAAAGCAAUUUACAGUAUUUAGUAAAAUCUUCAUUCUUCCAGGAAGUAGCGCUAUAAAGAUUUUACAAUUCAUUUUGCAUUACUCACAUUAAAUAAUUCUAUUAAAUAUAUAAAUAAAAUAACAGUUCUAUUAGCUAGAGGGCAUGCUGGAUUGUGUGAUAUCAUAGUCAGCAAUACUCUUGAAUACAUUAUGCAGUAAAAGUGACAACGCAUAAUGUCAUAAUGCCAAGGAAAGUUUUUUAUUUAUAUAUAGGCAGUGUUCAUUGAGUUGAUCUAAUGUUUACAAACAGCUUAUCUCUAUGGUGAGGUUUUCUAGAUUGCAUGUGUCUCUGGAGACCCAAAGCUCUUCACAGUUACCUUUAAUGAGGUCUUGGUAUACACAUAUCUGUAUUUUAUUAAUUAGAUAAUUAUUAUUAUUUAUUUUUUAACUAGAGAUAAUAAAAUAUACAAUCUAUCAAAAGGUAUACCUACUGUACAAACUUUAUAAAGGAAAAUGUAAAUGUGAUAUUACAAUAAAUAAUCAAACCGUGGUUUUAACAAACUGAAAUUUCAAUCAAAAUAGUGUAUAUAUAAAAUAUGUGUGACAGCAUGCCCCAACAUGCCAAAAAUAAAAAUACAAACCAUGUCUGCAUACCAAAUUGCAUACAUACACUAUUUUCCACAGUCAUCCACAUAGAUGAACCUCUGCCAAAAGGGGCUAAACGUUAUAUGGUCUAGCUUCAACCAAUAGCUACAGCAAUAAUAUGAUACUGGAAUUCCAGUUUGGAGAACACAACACACAGGUUAUAUCUAGUCAUGUAUCAUCAUUUGUCAUGUGAUUUAACAACUCAUAUUUCCUCUGCCAUGUAAUACAUCCAGUAAUCUAGGAUUUAUAAAUGUCCCACUACAGCUAUAACAAACUGCAAAACUAAAUAUAUAUUUUUAAAUAAUUUAUUUUGCUCCUCAUAAUAUUCAGGUUCAUGGUAUUCGCAUCUGAUAUAUAAUGAGUCUCCUCCAGUUUUGCUCUGCAUGCACCAUGUCUAAUGGGAAGCAGGACACACCCUUAUGGGAAGGUGAGCACAUAUUGCAAGCUCCUGUUACCUGCUGCCUGCAGCAACACAUCUCAAGUUUGGUAUCACUCUUCAAAAUGACCACCGUAAUUAGGGUACAAAACCAGGAGACUGGGAGCAGCACACAUACAACACAAGAUGAUAAACCUCCCUCACUGGGAUGCUUUGGCUGGUUCAUUAUCUUUAUCGCCAUCAUUAUCACCAUAGGGUUGCUUCCUGUUACCAUGUUUAUGUGCAUCAAGAUUGUGAAGGAGUAUGAAAGGGCUGUGAUCUUUCGAUUAGGUCGUAUUGUGGACAAGAAACCAAAAGGACCUGGAAUUUUCUUUGUGCUGCCAUGUACUGAUACAUUCAGGAAGGUGGACUUGAGAACGGUGACAUUUGAUAUUCCUGCUCAAGAGUUUCUGACAAAGGACUCUGUGACCGUAAGUGUGGAUGGUGUGGUGUACUUUCGUGUCUUUGACCCGAUCUGUUCCGUGGCCAACGUGUCGAAUGCAGACCAUGCAACACGGCUGUUGGCACAGACCACCCUGCGAAAUGUUCUGGGCACAAAGAGCCUGUCAGAGCUGCUGUCUGACAGAGAGGGCAUCUCAUACAACAUGCAGACGGCCUUGGAUGAGGCCACUAGCGUGUGGGGCAUUAAAGUGGAGCGAGUGGAGAUAAAGGAUGUUAAACUGCCCAUCCAGCUUCAGAGAGCCAUGGCAGCAGAAGCUGAAGCUGCUCGAGAAGCACGUGCAAAGGUGAUUGCAGCUGAGGGUGAGAUGAAUGCCUCGCGGGCACUGAAGGAAGCGUCUCUGGUGAUCUCUGAGUCACCGUCAGCUCUGCAGCUGCGAUACCUCCAGACUCUAAACGCCAUAGCAGCAGAAAGAAACUCCACCAUUAUCUUCCCCGUGCCUAUUGAUCUCAUUCAGCAUUUCACAUCAAAAAAGAAUGAAUGAUUUCCAGAUUUCCAUGAUUCUAGUAUUUUCAAAAAGCUAUAAUGUGAUGUUUUUUUUCUUCCUUUUUCUAUGAAACCGAAUUCAGUGAGAAAUAAUGCUGCCUUUGAAGGAAUAAUUCACCCAAAAAUGAA